CGCAGAUGAUCGAGCUGGCCGUGCUGGAGCCUCCGCGCGUGGACGUGCAGCCGCGCAGGAAGAUCGUGCGCAACGGCGGCUCCAUCGUGCGCCUCAACUGCACGGCCACGGGCGUGCCGCUGCCGGAGGUGACGUGGCACAAGGACGGGCGGCGAUCCGGGACGGGGCGUCAACACCGUCAUCACGCAGGUCAGCGAGACGAGCACGCUCACCCGCCAGCAGCUGGCCAUCAGCAACAUCAUGGCCAACGACAGCGGCAUCUUCCAGUGCAUCGUGAAGACCGGGUGGGGUGGCCUCCGAAGCCGCCCUCCUUAAGGUCGACCUUCCGACGACAUGCCCGGGGCGCCCUUGAACCUGAGGGUGACCGCACGUCGCCCUCCAGCAUCGAGGUCAAGUGGGACCGCCUCCGGUGCCGCCCGGGAAGGAGGGCAAGCGCGAGAGGGCAGCCAGGGCUACGUCCUGCACUACUUCCAGAUCCAGAGCAGCAGAACCACCUCAUCGGAGAGCCGUCGGCCACGCUAGUCGUGCGCACCAUGGCCAGCCGUGAGUCCGGGGUGGUGCUGGCUGUGGCUUGGCGUGUUAGGCUGGGGAGGUGGCGCGUGUGGCUGGGGUUCCUAUUUUUCUUCUAG